AUGGCAAUGAUACCCGAUUUUAUUGUUGUCCCACGUUUUUGCAAAAAAAGUAAAAAAAUUCAGCAACUGAUAAACAGGACUUCUUCUGCUUAUACUUCUCCAACAAUGUCUACAGAACAGUCAUUGCCUAUUCCUGGAGCCGAGAAGAAAGAUAAACAAGGGUCAGAUCAAGGCCCAGACUUGCUAGCACCUUCGAGUGAAAGUGGAUCCAAAAGACAUCUUUUCCAAUCGAUGUCACCAUUAUCUUUAUCUUUACCUGAAAAUGGAGACACUACAACCAUUUCGGAACUAUUAGAUGAUGAACCAACUCCUGCUACAGAGAAGGCUAUUGCAUCGCUUGCGCCUAUGUUGGAAACUUUCGCUCCCAAAACCAGUGCUGAGGAUUCGGCAUCAAGAUUAGGGUCGAUUUCAUCAUCACCAGGCGUUCCUGCAUCAACUUCAGAAUCCGCUGUGGAAGAAGUACAACCAUUGACGGCUGAGAAUUUGGGCUCCGGUGGUAAAUCACAUUCAAAUCUGGUUUCGACAUUUACAUCUGUUGAAGGACAAAGGUUAAACAAGACCAUUUCCAAUUCUUCCAAUACUUCACGCAAAUCAUUUUCUCAAACAACGAAUAGAGACCCUGAUCAUGUAGCCAAAUUGCCCAAAAUUGGUAAAAUUGGAGUUUGUGCCAUGGAUACUAAAGCGUUGUCGAAACCAUGUAGAAAGAUUUUGAAUCGAUUGAUUGAAAAUGGUGAAUUUGAAACUGUUAUAUUUGGAGAUAAAGUGAUUCUUGAUGAAACAAUUGAGAAUUGGCCCACUUGUGACUUUUUGAUUAGUUUUUUCUCAACUGGAUUCCCCUUGGAUAAAGCAAUUGCUUAUGUGAAUUAUAGAAAGCCAUACAUUAUAAAUGAUCUUGUCCUUCAAAAGGCUUUAUGGGAUAGACGUGUUGUGUUGGCCAUUUUAAACCAUGCUAAUGUCCCAUCACCUGAAAGGUUGGAAAUUAGCAGAGAUGGUGGACCGUACUUGGAAUUGCAAUUACUUGAACGAUUGAAAGAAAUUGGAUUUUCAGAUGAGAAAUUACAUGCAUUGACUAAUCAACAAGAGCCUGAUUGGGAAAUGGUUGAUGAUGAUACCUUGAGAGUUGGUGACAAGUACCUCAAGAAGCCUUUUGUUGAAAAGCCAGUUGAUGGAGAAGACCAUAAUGUCUACAUUUACUACCCCAAAGCCACUGGUGGUGGUGGGAGAAAGUUGUUUAGAAAAAUUGGAAACAAGUCAUCGGAAUUUGAUCCAGAUUUGGUAUCUCCAAGAACCGAUGGUUCAUUUAUUUAUGAAACUUUUAUGGAUACUGAUAACUUUGAAGAUGUCAAAGCAUACACUGUUGGACCAAAUUUCUGCCAUGCUGAAACUCGUAAAUCACCAGUUGUUGAUGGUAUAGUUAGAAGAAACACCCACGGAAAGGAAAUUAGGUAUGUCACUGAAUUGAGUCAGGAAGAGAAAAUAAUGGCUCGUUCGGUUAGUGCAGCUUUCAAGCAAACCAUUUGUGGGUUUGAUUUAUUGAGAGUUAAUGGGAAAUCAUAUGUCAUUGACGUCAAUGGAUUCUCAUUUGUCAAGGAUAACAAUGAGUAUUAUGACUCAUGUGCCAGUAUUUUGCGCGGUUUAUUCCUUGAAGCUAAAAAGAAUAGAGAUUUGAUGAAGAAUAGAGUACCAAAGAGUUUACAAACGAGUCAGUUUGAAGAAAAGGAACAGAAAUGGGUUUUCAAAGGAAUAGUAAAUGUGAUUAGACAUGCUGAUCGAACUCCUAAGCAAAAAUUCAAGUAUUCAUUUAAAUCGCCAUUAUUCAUCAGUCUUCUCAAAGGCCACACAGAAGAAGUGAUUAUUCGUGCUGUUGCUGACUUGCAAGUUGUGUUGGAGACGGUCAAGAUUGCUGAAGCCAAAAAGUUGGAAGAUCCAGCUAAAUUAAAACAAUUGCGAAUUGCAUUAGAGAAAAAGAUGAACUUCCCUGGAACAAAAGUUCAAAUUAAGCCAUCUUUGAACAGUGAAAACCCUGAAUUGGUCGAUAAAGUACAGCUUAUCCUCAAAUGGGGUGGUGAAGCAACCCACUCAGCUAAACAUCAAGCAUCUGAUGUUGGUGAACAAAUGAGACAGAAUUUGAAAUUGUUGAAUCGUGAAGCUUUAGAUGAUGUUAAAGUGUACACUUCAUCAGAAAGAAGGGUUAUAACCAGUGCUCAAUACUUCACCACUUCACUUCUUGGAUUGACUAAAGAACCAUUACCCGAUGAUUUCCUCAUUGUUCGGAAAGAUUUACUUGACGAUUCAAAUGCAGCUAAAGAUUUGAUGGAUAAAGUGAAGAAAAAAUUGAAACCAUUAUUGAGACAAGGUGCUGAGGCACCGCCACAAUUUACAUGGCCGCCAAAGAUGCCACAACCGUUUAUUGUCAUUAAGCGUGUUUGUGAAUUGAUGAAUUUCUAUCAUCAAAUUAUGAAUUAUAAUUUUGAAACCAAAAACGUGGCUGAGUUCCAACCUAAUUGGUGUUGUGGUGAAGAUCCAUACUUGUUUAAAGAGCGUUGGGAUAAGUUAUUUCAAGAGUUUAUCAGUGUUGAAAAGACACAUCCUUCAAAGAUUUCCGAAUUGUAUGAUACUAUGAAGUAUGAUGCUUUGCAUAAUCGUCAUUUCUUGCAGAAAAUCUUUGCAUAUGAUCCCCAUGAUGAAACAUUGUUGGAAAGAUUAAGAGAAACAUGUGGGGAUACUGUCAACUCAUCAGGAUUGGUUAGUGAGUAUCCAAUUAAUAUCUUGGCAAUGAAUAAUUUCAAACUUCCUGCUGAUAGUAAUGGUUCUGCAUCAACUUCGCAUAGCAAUUCAAGUACACAAUUGCAUUCCACAAACACAGCAUCGGCUGGUUCUUUGGGUUGGGUAUUGAGUGGUGCGAAUCUUGGCGCUGGUGGGGAUACUAAUGGCAACAAUUCAAAGAGUGCCAAAGCUCCAGAAAAUCCAUUUGAUUAUCCAACGUAUGCUAGAUUGAGAGAGUUGUAUCGCUUAUCAAAAGUCUUGUUUGAUUUUAUUUGUCCGCAAGAAUAUGGAAUUAAGGAUGAAGAAAAAUUGGAUAUCGGAUUAUUGACAUCGUUACCAUUGGCAAAACAAAUUUUGUCUGAUAUUCAGGAUAUGAAAAAGAAUGUCUCAUCACCAUCGGUUGUCAACUACUUCACCAAAGAAAGUCACAUUUACACCUUACUCAAUGUAAUUUACGGUUCCCAGUUGCCAAUGAAGAUUGCAAGAAAUGCAUUGCCAGAGUUGGAUUAUCUAUCACAGAUCGUAUUUGAAUUAUACGAAGCUGACGAUCCGACUAGUCCUUUGGGUAAGAAGCAUUCAAUCAGGAUGUCACUAAGUCCCGGAUGUCAUACACAAGAUCCAUUAGAUGUUCAAUUGGAUGAUGAUCACUAUAUUGGAUGUAUACCUAGAAUCAGUUUGACAAGACAUUUGGAUAUGGAUUUGGUUACUCAACGUUUGAAGUCGAGGUUUUCAAGAGUAUCGUUACCGAAAAAAUUCACUCCUGUUAAUAUCUCGAGCCCCCUUGUUGGCGGUAUAUAA